AUGAGUCAUAGAAAAACCAACAACUUGAAGAACAAGUCACGUGCAUGCGUCUUCAUCGACUCGAGCGAUCCUGCUUUACCGAAUCAGGUGAUUAACGACGCACGACCCUUCAUCAAGCUUCCCUUCCCGCCCACCAUUGACCCUCGUGACUUGAUUACCGUACUUCCCGAUGGUCGUGUGCCAACCCGCGCCCCGAAUGCCUUCAUUAUUUAUCGUCGGGCGUUCAUCGAAGCAGCACGAGCCGAAGGUUACAACCUUCCUAUGACCGUAAUCUCUUCAAUGACUUCUCAAUCAUGGGAGCAAGAACCGCAAUUCGUCAAAGCAGAGUAUCGAAGACUCGGCAAGGAAGCUUACAAUAGACGAAAUGAGAUGUGUCCUGAUUCCAAUCAACGAAGGAAAAGAGAAAAAUGGAAUAUGGUUUCGUUUGGAAAUAAGAAAAAUUCUCGCAAAGUUAAAAAAGCGAUGCGAAAGCCAGGCAUACCAAAAAGACAACCCUCCAGCGACUCAUUCAAAACUGACCAACAACAGCAAGAUCUGCAACCAACGGUCGGACAAGAGCAAGAGCAACAACGACCCCCAUCCCCCGCUGAUUCAGUUGUCUCCUCUACUCCCGAAAUAUCGAAUAGUAACGAAGAAAGUUCAUUAUUGGUAUGCGAUGCUUAUUUUAAUGAAUUUUCAUACGAUCAUUAUCCCACUCCCGAGGACACCACUCUCACUGCCACCUCUACUUCAGAUGCUGGCAGCAAUUCCCCCGUCAUGAAUGAACCAGAGUAUCAUCCCUGUGAAUUCCGAUUCGCCGAAGAUUAUUAUGAUUCUCCAGUUCAAUCGCCAAUUCAAUCGCCCACAGAUGAGCUCGAGCAACAAUUCGAGUCUGCCCCUUUGUACAACAACCUCUACACCAUCGCCACCGCCAAUCAUUACGAGUACACUACCAGCAACCUUCCCGAGGAUAUCAGCGAGUCAUCUCAAAUAUCAUCACCCUCUCUGACUGUCUAUGUGGCACAAGCCGAUGUGUUUGGCGGUUUUUCCGAUCCUAACGAAUAUUCCCCCGUACUUUUGCCCUGUGGGGUGAAUCUCAUCUACUACUGA